AUGACGGUUAUAGGGGUUAAACGUCAAGGAAAAAAACCAACAAAACUCACUCUCUGGGAAGAAUUCAUAGACCUAUAUGGGAAUAAACUUCUCACACAUCUGAAAGAACUUCAAGAUUUCCCAGUAAUUCUUGCCAGAAAAGUGGCCAAACCAAAAUCAUCUUCAGGCCUUUCAAAUAAAUUUGGUACAACAAUCCAGAUUGAUCCCCCAUACUAUCAAGCUAUCGAACUAAAGACAUGGUCCAAUGAAAUAAAACCACUUCUUAGCACAUACAUAACAAAAAGCACCACAACUACAAUAUCUCUUUUGUUUGUGCCAUUUGAAGAACACAUCAUGCCUAUUGUCAAUAUCCAGCAACAAUCUUUGGGCCAAAUAUUCCAUGUUCAAGCUCAAUUGUUAUUAUCCAAUGAAACUCAACGAUUAUAUGUUUUACUCUGCUUCGAUUGCAAGCAAAUCUUUCCAAGGAAUUGGUCACAAAGAAGAUUCUAUUGUACAACCUACCGUCGAUCGACACAUCUCACACCCAGAUGCCAGUUCGAAGUAACCAUCCAAAAUGGUACUGGAUCAACAACAGCUAUGAUUUCAAACAAAAUUGGAGAAGAACUAUUGUCUCUCACUGUGGCAGAAAUUCAUGAAAUACGUUGCAUCAUGGUAAAACACUCUACAGCCUCUUGCUUAAAAAUCUAUCUUACAAGACUUCCUUUCAUCUUUCAGAAACAAUUGUUGCCAUUCCUACCCGUGCUGCACAAACUACUAGGGAAGACAUUCACUAUCCAAAUAAAGAAGCUGUUCGCAAAAAACAAUGAUGCAUCUUCAGCAAAAUUGUUCAUCAUGUCAAUCACUGAAAAAUAUAUUGCUAGCAACCUGCCAUUGCCACUCACUGCACCAACAACUCCAGAAAGCAGCAAACACAAGCUGAAGCAAAUUAUGACAAAGGAAGACUAAAGUAUAUACUACUUUUUUUGAGAUAUGGUUGGCACCACCCUUUAGUCUACUCAACUACUACAAAUGUUGAUGGCGCACACUUUUGUUGUUGAUAGCGUGGACUUUGCCGCUACUUCUUGGAAACUGUCAGAUACUUUUUGGUGCUGAAUAACGCUGAAAAACAAUCAAAAUGCAGUAUUAUGUAAAUAUUGUAGAAUGUAAAUAUCCAAUGUAAGCAACAGCCAUGAUAACAAACAAAACAACUGCCAACCAUAUUUAUAAUAUCUAUAUGUAACUA